AGAAUGAAAUUGUGAAUUGACGUAUUUUGGGGUUUGGGUUUGGGUUUGGAUUGUACCGGCCAACUUAGGGUGGACUCACUCUCGAUCUCACCGAUCACCAACCAACGUGGCUUCUUCUCCUCAGGUAAAUGGAAAAUUGGUGAAGCGGGCUAUUUUGUAUAAAUUGGAGGAAAUGUUUUAAUUUUGUUUCUCAAGUUCAGCUUCUUGCUGUACAAGUAAUAGACUAUUAUUAGACUUGCCAGAAAUCACCAACUGGGUUGCUCUUUCUAACCAGGUUCUCUAAGUCAACUUUCAGUUUUUGAUUGUUGAGGAUGGUGCUGGUUUUGGCCCUGGGGGAUUUGCACAUACCCCACAGGGCUCCUGAUCUUCCUGCUAAGUUCAAAUCCAUGCUUGUCCCUGGCAAGAUCCAGCACAUAAUUUGUACUGGAAAUUUAUGUAUUAAAGAAAUUCAUGACUACUUAAAGACUCUUUGUCCAGACUUGCAUAUAACUCGUGGUGAGUAUGAUGAAGAGACAAAAUAUCCGGAGACCAAAACACUAACCAUUGGCCAAUUUAAGCUGGGACUAUGCCAUGGUCAUCAGGUUAUUCCAUGGGGAGACCUAGACUCACUGGCAAUGCUACAGAGGCAGCUCGAUGUAGACAUCCUUGUCACAGGUCACACCCAUCAAUUUACAGCUUACAAACACGAGGGAGGUGUGGUUAUAAAUCCAGGUUCUGCAACAGGUGCCUACAGCAGCAUCACUUAUGAUGUGAACCCAAGCUUUGUCCUUAUGGACAUCGAUGGUCUGCGAGUUGUGGUUUAUGUAUACGAACUUAUUGAUGGAGAGGUUAAGGUUGACAAGAUUGAUUUUAAGAAAACAUCCACAAGCCACUCUGCUCAUUAAACACUAGGGUUUUGGUCCUACUCUUGUUUGUCUUUCUCUUUCUUGUUUAGUUGUUUAGUUUUCUUUUUCCUCCUUCAAACUCUCCAAGGGUGUACUGUUUUUAGUUUUUAUUUUGCUUUGCAUGUACACUUGUAUUUGGCCAUAUCAUAGGAUUCUUAGGAUUUGGUUAAUUUGUGAUAUGCGCCAAACGUAAUGACUGAUUGAUCAAAUGGCUUUGUGUAUUACUCCUUUUACCAGUUAUUUACCCAGA